AUUGCAGAAAUUCAAGAUCCGCAGCAUAGCUCACCGAUUUUUUAUGGUUCGAAGGAAGCCAUGGCAUUGCAAGAAAAAAGAGUAAUAAAUUCCGGGUAUUACACAAAUCUGUACAGUACGGUUAGCAAU